AUGCCACUGCCCCAUGGUUGCCUCAAUGGCAGGAUCAUGAAGUGUUUGACUUUUUUUCUUCUGCUUCCAGAGACCUUAAAGAAGUCCAAAAAGAGUGUGAGGUCAAACGGCAAGGUGCCAGGAUGCUAUGAGAUAGUGCCCCUGUCCCUGAAGAAGAAGAUGGCUGCAGAACUUUACCCUGCCAGCACCAACACCAAUAUUGCAAACAGUAACGCCGCCGCUGCCGCCACCGCUGCCAACAGCAAGAAGAACGCCCUGCAGCUCCAGCAGAGCGCCCAGCCGCCCCCGCCGCCCCAGCUCCAAAACCUCAACAACAACAACUUGGAGAGCGCCAACUGGCAGUCCUUCCACCCCACGCUGCGGGAGAGGAACGCGCUGAUGUUCAAUAACGAACUCAUGGCUGACGUUCACUUCAUCGUGGGCCCGCCGGGGGCAUCCAAGAAAGUUCCUGCCCAUAAGUAUGUUUUGGCAGUUGGUAGCUCUGUCUUCUAUGCUAUGUUUUAUGGCGAUCUCGCAGAGGUCAAAUCUGAAAUCCAUAUACCAGAUGUGGAACCUGCAGCCUUUCUAAUCUUAUUAAAAUAUAUGUAUAGUGACGAAAUAGACCUGGAAGCUGACACAGUUCUGGCUACACUGUAUGCUGCCAAGAAGUACAUUGUGCCAGCCCUAGCAAAGGCUUGCGUCAAUUUUCUGGAGACCAGUUUAGAAGCGAAGAACGCUUGUGUCCUGCUGUCUCAGAGCAGGCUCUUCGAGGAGCCAGAGCUGACGCAGCGCUGCUGGGAAGUGAUUGAUGCUCAAGCAGAAAUGGCACUGAAGUCAGAGGGCUUCUGUGAGAUAGAUCAACAAACACUAGAGAUCAUUGUAACCCGGGAGGCGCUCAACACCAAGGAAGUGGUAGUUUUCGAGGCUGUUCUCAACUGGGCAGAGGCUGAAUGCAAAAGGCAAGGGCUGCCGGUUACGCCACGCAACAAGAGGAAUGUAUUAGGAAAAGCUUUGUACUUGGUGCGGAUUCCGACCAUGACUUUGGAAGAGUUUGCCAACGGAGCUGCCCAGUCAGACAUCCUCACCCUUGAGGAAACUCACAACAUAUUCCUAUGGUACACAGCUGCCAAUAAACCCAAACUAGAAUUUCCGCUGACAAAGAGGAAAGGACUCGUACCUCAGCGAUGCCAUCGCUUUCAGUCGUCUGCAUAUCGCAGCAAUCAGUGGAGGUACCGAGGGCGAUGUGACAGUAUUCAGUUUGCCGUAGACAAACGGAUAUUUAUAGCAGGACUGGGAUUGUAUGGGUCGAGCUGUGGCAAAGCUGAAUACAGUGUCAAAAUCGAACUGAAGCGCUUAGGAGUUGUCCUUGCUCAAAAUCUGACAAAGUUUACCUCUGAUGGCUCCAGUAACACUUUCUCUGUGUGGUUUGAACACCCUGUGCAGGUUGAGCAAGACACAUUUUACAACGUAAGUGCUAUUCUCGAUGGUAACGAACUCAGUUACUUUGGGCAAGAGGGAAUGACUGAAGUGCAGUGCGGGAAAGUGACAUUCCAGUUCCAGUGCUCCUCGGACAGUACUAAUGGAACUGGAGUACAAGGAGGACAAAUACCUGAGCUCAUUUUCUAUGCAUGAUGCAUUUCACCUUGAUUGUAUUCCAAUACUGCAAUGAUGCACAUUAAGGGAUUUUUCAAUUUUAGUACGAACUCUGCAGCAGUAUGGAAUGUUAUGCUACUUACCUAUCUGCUACAUCAGGCUAUACAAAUAAGUGAAGGAAUGCUCUUGAAUUUAAUCUUAUUUUAUUUAUUCAUAAGCUAUUUGACUUAAUAAUUAAGACUGCAACAAGCAGAAAAUGUUAAAUUUCGCACGUACUGUGCAUUUAUUUUGUAUAUAGAUAACUAACUUGCAGACUGCAGCUGACUUAAACAGAAUGUUCUAAACUAGAGCAGUUUAUGAAUCGGUGAAAUA